AUGCGGCUUCAUCUUGAGAGUAAAACUCGUAUGUCAGUGUUAAGUGAUGUUUGUGUUUGUUUUCAGACUAAUCUUCCUAUCUUCAAGCUGAAAGAAUCUACAGUCAGAAGAAGAUACAGUGACUUUGAAUGGCUGAGGAACGAACUAGAAAGAGAAAGCAAGGUUGUGGUACCACCCCUACCAGGAAAAGCUCUUCUCCGUCAGCUCCCCUUUCGAGGAGAUGAUGGUAUAUUUGAUGACUCUUUCAUAGAGGAAAGGAAACAGGCUCUUGAGCAGUUCAUAAACAAGGUUGCAGGCCACCCACUGGCACAGAAUGAGCGCUGUCUUCACAUGUUCUUACAAGAUGAAGUAAUAGACAAAAACUACACACCAUCCAAAAUAAGACAUACUUGAGUUCUGAAGCCAUCUUCUCAAACAUGAGUGGUUCUUAUGCUUGAUUUUUAAGAGGUUGUAGUUUGUCUUAGCAUGCUGAGGAUAAACAGGCACAAAGCGUCCACUAACAUCAGUACACUGCUUGGUCUUUGCAUAUGCUUUAUAGCAUUAAAGAACUCACUUGUCUUAGCUGAAUCCUUCUGAAUCCUUGAUUUAAGAGUAUUAAAAUGAGACCAUCCACCCUUUACGAUGUCUCACAAACCUUUCCACUCUUAUUUGCAAUGACUUAACAAUGUUUACUGACUUGGCCUUACUUGAACUUGCACAGUUGUAGUGUCACGUGUUCACUUGUAUAUGACUAAACUGCUAUGCUGUUUCUGAGGUAGUCAUAUGUCUGAACUUCUGUAGAAAGACUGCUUUAUUUCAGAUACCCUGUAUGAGAAACACUUAUGCAAUUGUCUUCAUGCUUGUAAAACACUUUAUACUGAAGUAAUGAGGGAAUUAUCUUUAUAUUCUGUAAGAAGGGGGGGGGAAAUCAAAUUUAUAUACUAAAAUAACUUGUCUAAAGUUUUGAAAUAAAAGUGAAAAUGCACUUCAAAUGUUUGUCACUCUUGA